UCUUUUGCGCCUCCCUAUCUAAUCCUCCUCCUCGAUUUCUUUCUUUUUUUCUUCUCUCUCAUUUUCACUUCUUUUCUUUCCUUGAUUCGCUGUUGUCCAGAUCUUACUCUUCGUGGCUCUCCGGCUCCAUUACUCUCCAUUGAUCAAGAUCUGCCUCUCCGUGGCUCUCCAGCUCCAUUACUCUCCGUUGAUCAAGAUUGGAAGGCAACAGUUGUUCGUCUCAUAUUUUAUGAGAAAAAGGUAGAGAAAAUUUUUAGUGCUUCUUCUCUCCCGCAUUCUCGUUCCUCAUGUAGGAUGCAUAAUCCAUGCCAAAUAUGGCAUCUAGAUGUUCCAGUAGAAGAAGACCCCUCUACUUUGAGAGAAAAUGUUUGCAAGAAUUAUUAUGGUGCUCUUGAUUCUCAUUGGGCAAGAUCCAAAGUCCUAUUGCGGUUGCAACAGGAAGUGAAUAGAUGUGUAGAUGGGCUAGCUAGAUUGGGAGGCAAGAUGGAAUGGCAUUUUGUAAUUUUGGAUUCCUAUCCUCAUGAACUACCUUUUGCUUUAGAUGAAGAUUUGAGGGGAAAUUUUUUUCCUCGUAAUACUUGUUUGGCUUGUACUUGGUGUUUUAUUUAAUCUAUUUGUACCCAAAAAACAGGAAAAUGUUCCAGAGCAUUUUUUUCCUUCUCCUA